GUGCAUGUCGGUUAGAACACAGUUUGGCCUUCCAUGUGCCUGAGGUGUUUUGCUUUGUGAUACUUCGGCUAAGAGCCAGUCACUCGACGAAGCAUAAACUUGGAAUAACUUAUUAUGAGCCAUCUUACGCCGCCUGACCCCUUUUGGAAGGGCACGUCGUCCAAGCCAUCCUUAGCAAUUUGGAACCGUUGGAAACGAACCUUCUGUGACUCCUUUGGGUUUUUCACAAUUAUACACCCUCACAUCAAACCUAGUGAAACCCAAUCUACCAAACUACUGAGACAAUACCUCGGUGCAGAAGGUCAACGGUAUUUUGUUGCGUUGCGUUUGUACGAAUGCACAUCCCUGAUGGACUGCUUUAACACGCUGGAUGACCUUUGGGGGCCGCGGCAACAUGUUUUACUGCGCGCCUAAUUUUUUCUUAUUUACGAUUGGGAGAAGAGGAGAGUGUUAAUGAAUUCAUCAGUAGUAUACAACAGUCCCUUCCUGAGUGCCGUUAUAAUAAAAUUCCCGUAACGAAAUUCCAAGCGAUGAUGGCGAUGCAGUGCCUUUUGGAUGGCAUUCGAGACGAUAAAGCUAGAGAGCGUUUGCUGUCAGAAGAUGACAAUAAACUCACUUGGGAAACAGCCUGCUCACUGGUCAGACAAAGGGAAAGGGUUGUGCAAUAAUUAAUUCAGUAUCGAAUCGAUUCUCCAUCAGAUGGCGUCCAUGCGGUUAAAUCUCG